ACUUUAAGAAGUGCAAGAUACGGUUUCUGUUUUUAGCACCAGACUCCCAAGAUUAAAAAUAGCGUGCGAGCCCUCAAACUCCCCCAACAGACGCUCGAAUCCAUUCGCGCCCCAAUACUGAACUAAAGCAAGAGAAGAAACGUUUUAUCCCAGCCGUUAUACUGACAAUCACGCUGUUACGUCCCAACUUUCUGAGCAAACAAACUCUAGAUAAUUUACAGCCAUUUUGGCAGCUCCUCAGAGGCGACACGUGUGUCAUGAAAAGGCGUUUGCGCUCUCAGCACCGGUGACUCUUCAGUCUUUCACAGUACAGCACUAGGAAGAGUGCAAAAAAGACGGAUGUAACACAAUGAACCGAGUAGUGAACGACACGACGUAGCGUUGCUGUUUUUUGGUCAGAGUUAGAAACGUGCUCUCUUUUUCUUAUGCCUUUUCUGAAGGAAUAAUUCUCUUAAGGAUCGGUUCUCACGCGUAAAGUAGCGUGUUUCUCAGAAGGAUUUAUUGAAGGUUACCAAUGGGGUCUCAAGGGCCAGGACGUAAAAGAACCCCCAGCAAAAAUGGGUUGACUGCUGAGGAAGAUGCCCUCAACGUAAUCGCAAAAGAGGCUGAAGCCCGUAUGGCAGCUAAGAGGGCGGCCCGUGCAGAAGCUCGUGAGAUCAGAAUGAGAGAACUGGAGAGACAACAGAAAGAGAUUUAUCAGGUGCAGAAGAAAUACUAUGGACUGGAUAACUUGGACAACAAAUGGGGGGACAUUGAGCAGUGGAUGGAGGACAGUGAGCAAUAUACACGUGUCUCACGGAGACAUGCUUCGGUGUCAGAUGAUGAAGAACGGAUGUCAGUGGGGAGCAGGAGCAACAUACGGUUGGAUUUGGAUGCGGCGGGUGCUUACGGCGUGCUUCCCCAGGCCUCCUCCUAUCACUCACAUAAGAAGUCCAAGAAAAAGAAGAAACAUUCUUCCAAAACUAGCAAUGGCUAUGACGAUGAUCUCAGCACAUUGUCUAAUCGGAGCUCCAGACUCAGUGAUGAGAGCAAAAUGUCUCGCUCCUCUAAACUUGAUCGGCAGUCGGGCUCUGUAUAUGAGGACAGUCUCUACAGUGGCUCUCGGCGCUCCAGUGCUCGUGCUUCCUCUGAAUACAGUGGUUUCCUGGGCUCCAGCUCUAGGACUUCGUCCAGAGCAAAUUCUGCGUGCGGAAGUCCAGUGGAGGACUGCAGCAGCUCAGUGGCUAGUUUUAUGCACAGCUCAGCUAGUAUCAGUGGCCUCUCUAGAGACCUUGACCGUGUGGUCAUUCCUGACCUGCCAAACGUUAACGGGAGGCUGUCAAUGGCUGAUGACAGGUUAGAGCGAGACUACUUGGAAAAGGGAUCCUCACGAGCCUCAACUAUUUCUGGCGCCACUCUUACCUCUCUGGGUGGGACGUCCUCACGGAGAGGAAGUGGAGAUACAUCCAUCUCUGCUGACACAAAAGCAUCCAUAAGGGAAAUCAAGGAGAUCCAUGAGCUUAAGGAUCAGAUUCAAGAUGUGGAGGCAAAGCACAUGCAGAACCUCAAAGAGCUCAAGGAUUCCCUUUUGGAAGUAGAGGAAAAGUACCGUAAGGCCAUGGUCUCCAAUGCACAGCUGGACAAUGAGAAGACCAAUAUGAUGUAUGAAGUGGACACUUUGAAAGACUCUUUAAUGGAACUGGAGGAGAUGCUGUUUGAAACACGCCGUGAGCUUGAGGAAAAGUGUAAGGACCUUGAACGAGAGAAGCAUGCUCAUAGCAUACUGCAGUUUCAGUUCAGUGAACUGAAGGAGACGUUGAAACAGAGUGAAGAACUGCUCACUGAGAUCCGUCAAUUACGGCUCAAGCAAGACGGCUAUGUUAGGGAGAUUUCUGACCUCCAGGAAACUAUUGAGUGGAAGAAUAAAAAAAUUGGGGCAUUAGAAAGGCAGAAGGAAUUUUCUGAUGCCAUUCGAAAUGAGCGGGAUGAGCUUAGAGAUGAGGUUGUUCAGCUCAAAGAUAUUUUGAAGAAACAUGGCAUUGUCCUUGGACCCGACUCAGCCACCAAUGGAGAAACAGAGGAAGAAGCCGGAAAGGCUGAUCAGAAUUCUCAAACUGCAUCAGCUGAAAUCCGAGAGGGGAGUAGUGUACUAGGCACUCAUCAGUUGAAGGUGUGUAAAGACCAGCAACAAAAAGAUUUGGAUGAUGGGGUGCCAGGGAAUCAGCAGUUUUCACAUGCCCCGUUCAGUUCUACAAACGCACCUUUAGAAGCAAAUGAGAAUGGAGACCUUGGGGACCAAAUGAAUCAGGGUGUAGAGCAGCUUGAGAAUAGACCUGAAGAACCUCCAAGUUCUGUUGGUGAUGAUGAACUCACUGCAACAAGACCCAAGGAGGAGAUCAAAUCUGAGGCGCAUAUACCAGAAGAUUCAAGAGGCAAUACAGUGGAAGUAGAGUGCAUUGUUCACAAGGAUGGACAUUUGGAGACAGAUCAACAAGAGAGUGAAUGUGUCAAACCUAGUCAGGUCAUCAAAGAAGAAACUCCUUUAGAGUCUGUCUCUGGUUCUGUCCAUGAUGAACCUGAUCAACCUGGUGAAGCAGUGCUUGAUGAUAAACUCAAAGAGGAGCCUGUAGAAUCAUCUCAAACAGAGAAGCUUGCCAAAACCCAAGGUGCCAGUGCUUCAAAUAAAAAGAAGAAAAAGAAGAAGAAAAACAAGCAGAAGCAGAAACAGAGUGACAAGCAAGAGAAUGAUACGAAGAUAGAUGACAAGACUGAAACAGUUUGUAGUGAAGACAAUCCAAACCAAAAAACGGAAGGUGAUCUAGAAGGAAACUAUCAGGAGCCCUUAGGGAAUGAUAUAUCCGAAACAACGAUGAAUACAGAUGUCCCACAUGAUGCUAAAAGAACCAGUGAACUGGAUGGUUUCAAAACAACAAAUAUAAAUGCCGAUGAUGUUCAAGAUAAAAUUCUGUUAGUUACAGAUGAAGCUGAUUUAGCAGGAAUUUCUAAAACAAUCUCAAAUUUUGAUUGCCCUGAAUCUAGCAAUGGCAUCCUUUCAGAUGAUCUGUCCAGCAAUGUUAUCUCUAACCCCACAAACAUUAUUGAUGAACACACUGAGGAUUCAACAAAUCCUGACUCUGAAGCUGUAGUCUUUAGCUGUGAGCUUGUAUCUUCAGAAACGGAGACUUCACUGCCUCAUGAACCUUCUGCUCAGUCCAUGGAUGCUGUUGAAGGGGGUGUUGAGUCCACCAGCUGCUCUGAGAACAUUGAGAAAUCUUCAUCGGUAGACAUGAAGGAAGUGAAGAGCCAUCUGAACUGUGAAAUGGAAGAACAGGAAGAAAAUGUCCAGAACAUUGAUCUAGAUGGGACCACUAACCCUGAAGAUCAAGAUGACUCUGCUCAUCCCUCUUCCUCUGUAAUGGAGAAGGUAGGAAAUGAAGCUGAAAGGGUAAUCCAGGAACAACCUAUUGAUCAGCCAAUGGAAAACCAACUUCAAGACGGUAUUGGAGCAGAAUUGGACCUGGAAGAGGUUGAGAGACGAGAUGAAUUGGAUAAAGAAAACCUUAAAGCACCUACUGAAAAAGUGUCUGAUACUCAAGACAGUAUUGGAGCAGAAUUGGACCAGGAAGAGUUUGAGAGACAAGAUGAUCUGGAUAAAGAAAACCUUAAAGCACCUACUGAAAAAGUGUCUGAUACUCAAGACAGUAUUGGAGCAGAAUUAAACCAGGAAGAGGGUGAGAGACAAGAUAAUCUGGAUAAAGAAAACCUUAACAUGCCUACUGAAAAAGUGUCUUAUACUCGAGACAGUGUUGGAGCAGAAUUGUACCAGGAAGAGUUUGAGAGACGAGAUGAAUUGGAUAAAGAAAACCUUAAAGCGCCUACUGAAAAAGUGUCUGAUACUCAAGACAGUAUUGGAGCAGAAUUGGACCAGGAAGAGUUUGAGAGACAAGAUGAUCUGGAUAAAGAAAACCUUAAAGCGCCUACUGAAAAAGUGUCUGAUACUCAAGACAGUAUUGGAGCAGAAUUGGACCAGGAAGAGUUUGAGAGACAAGAUGAUCUGGAUAAAGAAAACCUUAAAGCGCCUACUGAAAAAGUGUCUGAUACUCAAGACAGUAUUGGAGCAGAAUUGGACCAGGAAGAGUUUGAGAGACAAGAUGAUCUGGAUAAAGAAAACCUUAAAGCGCCUACUGAAAAAGUGUCUGAUACUCAAGACAGUAUUGGAGCAGAAUUGGACCAGGAAGAGUUUGAGAGACAAGAUGAUCUGGAUAAAGAAAACCUUAAAGCGCCUACUGAAAAAGUGUCUGAUACUCAAGACAGUAUUGGAGCAGAAUUGGACCAGGAAGAGCGUGAGAGACAAGAUAAUCUGGAUAAAGAAAACCUUAACAUGCCUACUGAAAAAGUGUCUUAUACUCGAGACAGUGUUGGAGGAGAAUUGUACCAGGAAGAGUUUGAGAGACGAGAUGAAUAUGAUAAAGAAAACCUUAAAGCACCUAAUGAAAAAGUGUCUGAUACUCAAGACAGUAUUGGAGCAGAAUUGGACCAGGAAGAGUUUGAGAGACAAGAUGAUCUGGAUAAAGAAAACCUUAAAGCGCCUACUGAAAAAGUGUCUGAUACUCAAGACAGUAUUGGAGCAGAAUUGGACCAGGAAGAGUUUGAGAGACAAGAUGAUCUGGAUAAAGAAAACCUUAAAGCGCCUACUGAAAAAGUGUCUGAUACUCAAGACAGUAUUGGAGCAGAAUUGGACCAGGAAGAGUUUGAGAGACAAGAUGAUCUGGAUAAAGAAAACCUUAAAGCGCCUACUGAAAAAGUGUCUGAUACUCAAGACAGUAUUGGAGCAGAAGUGGACCAGGAAGAGGUUGAGAGACAAGAUGAACUGGAUAAAGAAAACCUUAACAUGCCUACUGAAAACGUGUCUGAUGUAAGCCAUGUUGACAACACUCCUUUAACUGAAACACAGGUUCAGGUUGUGCAUGAGGAUCACCUGUCUCCCAAUGAAGCAAUUAAGGAAUCAGUUGGAGAGUCAGAUUCUUCUGAACAAGAACCCAAGGUAGAAAAAGAUGAGGAGGAAAGCUCAAUCCAAAAUCAGCUUGAAGUGCAACUACCUGAAGAUGGAGAAGACCUUCUGGUAAAGUCAGAUGUGGCUGCUCAAGAGCUCAAGGAAGAAGACGAGGAAGAGGAAGAUGAAGGAGAAUCAUUUGAUUUUGAUGAAAUGGAUCUUGAAGCAUCAUCAGAUGCCCCUCUAAAAAACUUUCUAGAUCAGCCAAAAGAGGAAGAGACUCUUUUCACUGAUGAGGACCUAAUUCAAAAAGAACAUCUAGAACUUGCAGAUCAGGAAUCAAAGCCAAAGGAGCAGAAAGAUGAUGGACAAGACACAGAAAACCCACAAACAACAACAUUUAUAGAAGGAUGUUUAACAGAGGACAGCCAAAUCAGCAGUGAAGUCAAACCUAAUGAUCAGCAGCAUCAUACUUCUGGAAAUAAAGAAGAUGCAUUUGAGGAGCAUCAGCAGGCAUUAGAAAACGUGACGCUCAGUGAAGGGGUUAAUCUGAUCUCAGAGAUGGAGAAAAGAAAUGUAGGCCAAGAGAUCAAUAGUUCCAUUCAACACGAAAACAAGGUGUCAAGUAUUUCAGGAGAUCAGGAAGUUGAGAAGGAAACCACAGAAAGAAACAAGGAAGAUGAAAGAAAAGAAUCUAAAAAAAGUGGAAAAGGGAAAGGGAAGGGCAAGGGGAAAGAAGAAUGUAAAAUGUCUUAAUAGACAAGGACAUUGCCGAGUCUCUUCUCAGCAUCUUCAGUUGAAAAAGUAAUUUGCACUUAUGUAGGUCCUAAUGAAAUUAUUUUGGGACCAUUACUUCAGAGAACCCUAAAAUAACCAAAGUUAUCUUACAGUCAAUCCCAAUUAUCAGUCAUUGCAUCUUUUUCAGCAAACAUAUUUUACACGUUUUACACCUGAUUAACAAUAACACUUGAAAUUAGUUCAAACAGUAUUUAAAAUCCCAAAACCAAUUACACAUUAAAUGCUAUCAUUAAUGGGUAUAAAGUGUCAUAUUUAUUAUGAAAUUUUACAUGAGCAUGAAUAAAAUGUUUCUCAUACUGUAUGAGUAAUACAAAUGAUUAGCUUUCUGUCUGUGCUGCAGUCAUGUUUAGCAGCUUCUUAAUUACAAUGUUUUCGGUAACAAAGGACCUGUAAUGUAUUUUGUUUAAAUUGGUGUCAUGUUGUUUAAAAUUGUGGUAAAUAAAAAAUGUUAUUGUGUGCCAACCUUAUUAAACAUUCCUCUAAAAAUUUGACUGGAGCUUUGAAGUUACGUUUUGUUUUUACAAUAUAUUUUUUGGGAGGUACGAUU